AUGUCACUCGGCGACCGUCAAUCUGCUCCGGCCCCUUCACCGCCGCCUUCAUUGGCCGCUGUCGCCGUGAAGCUACCACCGUUCUUCGACCGCAAUCCUUCGCAACUGCUCUCACAAGAGGAGCUUGGCCGCCCCUCUCAGUUGCUACGGCGUAUGCGGCAAUUGCUGGGCGACAAUUCUGCUUCCCUGGAUGACACCAUUCUUCGUGAACGUUUUCUCCAGAGGCUUCCACAAAACGUGGAAAUGGUCCUAGCCACUGCGGCAGACAUGUCCCUCGACCAGCUGGCAACGCUUGCCGACGCCGUUGUCGAAGUUGCAAGCCCAACAUUGUCCGCGGUGUCCUCCCACCAGCCUGCUUCGGAACCCGCGCCGUCGCAAUCGCGCUCGCACCCACAAACCACCAUCGAGGACCUCUGCCACGAGUUACGUACUCUUGCGUCGCUCAUAACCGCCUCCCAUGCGCCUUCUACAUCACGACGCGAUUCCAGCCGGCGACGUCAGGGUCGAGCUAACCACAGUCCAGACGUUCCCGUUCCCGGUCAGCCACCAGAGACCAGAGCCCCUCCAUUUGCUGGUACCAUCGUCGAUUCGGUGCCGAGGCACACCAUUGCCUCCUUCCUUGCUCAUGGCACCAGGGAAACCAACCAGCGGAUCAUUGAUGGCGACCAAUGGUCCAAGCAUUUCUCCUGGUCGCCUAUUCUACGUCCGCGAACAAGCCGGUCGCUGACGCUCAAUCUCGGCCUCCGACGAGCCUUCCAGUGGAUCUUCCUGGUAGCUGACGUCUCUCAGCCAAUUAUUGGCGCAGAUUUUCUGACCUAUUUCCACGUCCUAGUGGAUAUGCGUCGUCGAAAGCUCAUCGACUCAUCCACGAGCCUCACCAUCUCGGGCAUUCGAUCUUCCUUCCCAUCAUUACAAAUCGCCUUCUACCAGGACGCCAGCAACCCCUUACUCGCCAUAUUGAAAGACUUUCCUGAACUCACUCGUCCGCCUGACUGGUGCCAGCCGGUAAAGUAUAAUGUGGUCCACCACAUUGUAACCAAGGGUCACCCGGUCUUCACACACCCACGCCGUCUUCCUCCAGAGAAACUCAAUAUCGCGCGUGAAGAGUUCACCCACAUGCUGGAAAUGGGAAUAAUCCGCCCAUCUUCCAGCAGUUGGGCAUCCGCGCUGCACGUGGUGCCGAAGAAGACCGGCGACUGGCGCCCUUGCGGAGAUUAUAGAGCCUUAAACCUCGUCACAAUCCCGGACCAGUACCCCAUCCCUCAUGUGCACGAUUUUACUGCCAGCCUCCACGGCGCUACCACCUUAUCCAAGCUGGACCUGGUGCGUGCGUACCACCAAAUACCUGUUGCCGAAGCGGACAUACCAAAGACCGCCAUAACGACGUCAUUUGGGUUAUUCAAAUUCCUUCGAAUGCCCUUUGGUCUCCGGAACGCUUCCCAAUCGUUCCAGCGAUUCAUUGAUUCUGUUAUUCGCGGCCUCCCGGAUGUACUAGCUUACAUCGAUGACAUAUUCGUGGCUAGUCCAUCACCCGAGCAGCAUGCCGCCGAUCUGCGCCAGCUUUUCUCCCGCCUUUCCGACUUCGGCAUAAUAAUCAACGUCAACAAGACUGAAUUCGGCGUUUGCUCCUUGGAUUUUCUAGGCCAUCAUAUCUCUUCACCGGCAUUUCUCCCCUUCCUUCUUAAGUCCGAGCCAUCACCGACCUCCCGAAACCUCGCAACAACCACCAACUCCGCACCUUCUUGGGAUUAA